AUGGAGGUAGUGAGCAUCCGCCGUAGCAGGGCCGACGACACGGGCUGGAGGGUGAGGCUCGCCUGCGCUGGCAACGAGCUGGAGGAGGAGGUCUACGACACCGAGAAUGCGAACCAGAAGAAGUUCGAGGCGGACCUCAAGAAGGAGAUCAAGAAGUUGCAGCACUACUGGGACCAGAUCAAGACCUGGAUCCAGUCCAGCGAGAUGAAGGACAAGAAGGCGACCUCCAUGGACGACAUCGACGAUGAAGAGGAGGACAAGGAGGACGACAUCGACGAUGAAGAGGAGGACAAGGAGGACGACCAGGACAUGCGCGACCCCACCCCCGAGCCCAACGAGCUCGACAAGGACAUAGUCGAGUCCGACCUCGAGCUCGACGAGGAGGGCAUCGUCCAGUCUGACCAUGAUGGCGUGCCACAGAAGGUCCUGUGCUCUGCUCUGCCUGCCUCAUUUACUGCCUCGCCACCGAAAUAGAUGUUCUUUUUUCUUUUGUAAUUUGGCUGGACUUGUGCGUCUCCAUUCUGAUGCGUUUGUGCAUGCGUAUGUUGAACAGUGACCUCGGAUCUGGUGAAGGGUGCCAAGGAGAAGCAGCUCAAGGUCAAUGGCCCCGUUAGGAUGCUGCUCAACAUCACCACCAGGAAGUUCCCCUGUGGAGUAGGUCGUCCAGUAAAGCUGUCGAAGGAGCUCCAUGCUGAAGAACAUAACACUUGUAGAGCUUGUAAAAUACUGUAUCUCAUUAUUGAACUUGUGGAGCUUGUAGCUGUGACUGGCAUACUGUUAUUACACUUGCAGAGCUUGCAAAGUGUAUGUUAGAGCUUAUUUUGUACAGCAGGAGCUUUGUAUUGAAUCUGGCUGAUAAUAUUUGAAGUGUUACUUGUAGAA